GCUCUACGAGUGAAUCCAUCCUGUUUACGUGGAGCCAUCGAGUUGUGCCACGCGGUACGGCGAUUUCAUCGUCCGACAACAUUGAUCGCUUCAGAUACUGGGAAGACAGAAAUGGAGACGCUAAGCAUUCACGUCAUGACGGAGCUCAUCAUCACCACAGUGAUUCUACUUUUCGUGCACUGGCUCAUGAAGAGGAGAGAUCAUUUCAACUUCUUCAAGAAAUUGGGUAUACCGGGACCGACACCAAACAUAUUUUUUGGAAACAUAUUAGAAAUGUACAGAAAAUCGCCAGCCAAAGCUUAUCGUGAAUGGAUCGACAAGUACGGCGAUGUUGUUGGGUACUUCAACGGACACCGGCCGGUCAUUCUUACGGCAGACUUGGACCUUCUAAAGAAGGUUCAGAUCAAGGAUUUCCACGACUUCCCCGACAGAAGCCUCUUGGUUCUACAAAAACGGCCAGGUGGGCCCAUUGAGAAAAGCCUUAUCCAGCUCACUUCGACCCGUUGGAAAGAAGUGCGCAGCGUUUUGACACCGUCGUUCACGAGCAACAAGCUUAAACUCAUGUCUCCAGGAGUCAUCUCAGCCGUGGAGAAGCUGGUGACGAAGAUCGACCGCAAGGCAAAGACGGGAGAGGAGUUCGAUGCGGCCGACAUGUACGCUGCACUCGCCCUAGACGUGAUCUGCAAGAGCGCCAUGGGCAUCGACUACAACCUGCAGGACCAUCCGAGGCACAGCUUUCUCCUCUGUUGCCGCAUGCUGUUCGGAUGCGCCUUCAACGCCUUGGCCGUGCUGUUCACUUCAUUUCCUGGUUCAUUCGACGUGCUAGAAAACAUCAAUUUCCGCCUUCUGCGCUACCAGAACAACGGCGUCCACCCAUUCGAAGAGGUGCAGGGAAAGUGCAAGCGAAUUGUCGAACAGAGACAAGUGGACUCCUCGCUUCGUCGAAAGGACUUGCUGCAGCUGAUGAUCGAUGCGAAGGAUUCGCGCGUCGACCUAGGUUCGGUAACCAACACUCAACUCACCGCUGGCGAAGACAACGACCAAGAAUUGCCCAACGGAGCCGCAAAGCACGCUGCCAACGGGAAGCUGCCCAUCAUCAACAAGGCGGUCCUGGACGAUGACGACAUCACGCAAAAUGCGUUCGUCGUGCUCGUUGCUGGGUUCGAGACCACCAGCAACACCAUGGCCUUGGUGACGCAUAUGCUUGUUCACUACCCGGAAGUACAGGAGAAAAUGCGAGAAGAAAUUUUCUCGGUCCUGAAUCCCGACGAGCCCAUCACGUACAACACCAUACAAAAUCUCCCGUAUAUGAACUGCGUCUUCAUGGAGACAAUGAGGCUCUACCCUCCGGCAUUCGCGUUCGUUACACGAGAGGCCACUGUGGAUAAAGAGUACGGCAAGCUUCGCAUACCCGCCGGUACUGCUGUAAUGGCAGCCGUUGAGUACAUUCACAGGGAUCCACGACACUGGGAAAACCCGGACAAGUUCGAUCCUGACAGGUUUCUGCCGAAGAACAAGUCGAAGAUCAACACCAUGGCCAUGCAGGGCUUCGGAAAUGGUCCGCGUAACUGCAUCGGCAUGCGCUUCGCCCAGAUGGAGCUGCGGUAUACGUUCGCGCACAUUCUAAGGAAAUAUCGGUUCGAAAAGACGGAGAACAGCGAGGUGGACCCGCCCAAGAUAGAGACGAAUCCAAUCAUCCUCAAGAUCAAGAAAGGCGUGAAGGUCAGAGCAGUGCCUCUGUGACCAAGCGACAGACGUACGGACCUAAAAUUGCACGACACAUCGAUCUCGAUGUCACUGUUCAUGUGUGCACGUUUGGUUUCUUUUCUGCGAUUCGGACUCUACAUGGGUGCCUGUGUGCUGGUGUCUAAGGCGUCAAUACAGCAAGCGGAAGUGCUCAAGCAACUUUUUGUACCGUACCUGUGGACCGAAGGGGUAGUUGGACGUGUGGCACCUAACUGGACAAUGGACCGCAUUACUUCGCGGCUCGACAAAUAGUCAAACACCUUUGCCUUAAUAGUCAUUUGUGACGUCUUCAACCGGGAUCACCUCACUUGACCAUAGGCCAGUGCUUGAAGGGAAGUGCAUCAUGACUUUCUUUUUUUCGUCGUUGGCACGGCGCAAUUCCACAACUGGCUAUAAUAGCGUUUAACGCACUCAGAGCUCUCCUUUAAUUAGGUGUGUACUUGUGUGCCUGAUUUUUCGGUAUGUGGAGUCGACUAGAAAAUGUUACGGAUCAUGGAACCUGAGAAAAAGGUCAAUAUCUUCGCAUCCUCACAACGCAGCCUGGUAUUUGCGUUUCCAGCCUCUGCUAGUAUUAUACGAACAACAUUGUGACGUGUGGUUUUACUGGCUACUGUUAUAGGCUACUCAGAAAUUGAACGCUUUCUGAGAUCCCGUGGACCGUAAAUUUUAGUGGUCGACUGUACCUAGCGACCGUCUUUUGAGCUCAUAAAAGUACGAACGGGUUCGAACGCAGAAUAAAAGGUUA